AUGGCACCCAUAUUCGACACAAGAUUUAAGAGUGCCAAGAUAGCAUCUGACUCGCGGCUCCAGUCGGUAAACAGUAUGACGUUUCGUGAUCCUUCUUCAUCUACUGAUGCCCGUCUGUAUCGCACUGAACACUACAAAUUUGACUGGACUGUUGAUUUCACCGAAUCGGUACUCAGAGGCUCUGCAUCGCUGACCGUGACCAAGUUGCACCUGGAAGCUAGUGCGCCGCUAAUUCUUGACGUCAAUGGUCUCGAUAUCCAAACCGUCAAGGUUGGCAACACACUGGUUCACUGGAAGAUCCUGCCAAACCCAACUGCAGCUUUGGGCGCGCUAUCAAAGUCGACCACUCAAGUUGCUGGCUCUUGUGGCUUAGGCGUCGUUGCUGCUGGCUAA